AUGCUUCAUGUGGACCUUAAUGAUGACCUGGCGGAGUUCAUUGACGUGACAUUUGCGUCUGGGGACAAUGUGGUCGUGGUGGUGGUGGGGCAACGCGAUGUCGCCAACGACGCGAGACUGCAGACCACCCUCGCUGAACUGCCGCAACAAGUGCUGUUCCGACGGCAGCAGUCCAUGGUGACAAUCGAGGAAGACGUGGAGCUGCACAGCAUCAACAGGCCUUCUUUGGGCAGCACCAGCGAGAGGGACCGGCGCAAACAAUCUAUGGUGCAAAGCAAUAGCAUCGACGACAAGACGCUGGGCAACAAGGGCCUGGAAGAUGAAGAGUACUACGAACGGAUUGUCACUUCGAUCUCCACUCAGCCCUUGGAGCACUUCAUGGCCAGCUUGGACGACGAAAGCGCCGAGUCUGUGGCCGACUCGGAUGUGUCGUCGGACGUGUCGUACUCGUCCACCACGUAUGACGCCGAAAGUGACGGCCAUCAUGACGAUACAACUCUAUUUGAAAGCAUUCGAGCGUCCGACGAAUUCCAUCGCGUGUUUGAAUGGAUGCAAGAGUAUCGUGGCUGGUCGCGGCAACCAGGGAUAUGGGGCAGCUACUGCUACAUCGAGCCACGUACCCCCCCUGAGCAUCAAGCAGCUGAAACGUCGGAAGAAUCCGCAUCCGAGUUUCUGGGGGAAGUUGCUGCGGAAGCAAAAUGGAAAGCGACUGGGGAUUGGCACCGAGCACUCUUUGCGCAACCACCGACGGUGAACGAACCAGUAGUGCCAUUAACGACGCCGUCUCGCCGUCCCCGUCGACAGAAAACCCUGUGUUCAAUGCCAGGAUGCUCGCAUGCAGCCGCCACGAAUCGACUGUGCCGCGGCCAUGGCGGCGGGAAGACAUGUUCCACCGCGGGUUGCCUAGGAACUGCUAUGGGGGUGCUGGGAAAAUGCAAAAAACACGGUGGAGGGGCUCGCUGUUCCGAGUUGAGUUGUUCCAAGAGCGCCCAGGGCGGAGGUCGAUGCAAGGCGCACGGGGGUGGUAAAAAAUGCAGUUUCGACGGUUGUGCCAGGGCCGCCCAACGCCGUGGCCGAUGCGCGAGUCACGGCGGGAAAAUCCCGUGCCGCGUCCACGAUUGUCCUCGAACUGAUCGCGGCGGAGGCCUCUGCGAGGUUCACCGGGUCGCGGCGCUCUGUGUGUUCCACGGCUGCCAUCGCCUAGCCAAGGUGAACCAGCUGUGCGCACCGCAUAGUCGCCAACAACGUUCCGCCCUUAACCACCAACAGAGCGCCGAGAUGUCCUCGGCUCAAGCCACCAGCUCAGUUUACGAGCUACUGGUGUAG